GAAAGUUUAAGGAUAAACGGAGCUGGCAUGGCUUCUCUUCAGGUCGGUCUAUCUUUCCCAUGCGGACCUCGAACUUCCAUAUAUCGGUUCAGAAACCGGCCGGUUCGAUGCACUAAUGAACGCCGGGCGCUCUUUAGCCUUGAAUGAUUUGUUGAGUUUGGGUCAGCAUCGAAUAUGGAAACGAAUGGCUGUGUCCUGGACUGGGUAUUAUUUAUUUAUUUGUCUUUUCAAGAAAUCGUUUAUCUAUUGAAAAUUUUGGAAUAUUGGUACAGGGCAAAAAUAGGAGAUAAUGUGUUGGAUUUGUGUUGUGGAAGUGGGGAUUUAGCAUUUCUCUUGUCUGAGAAAGUAGGUUCCAGUGGAAAGGUGACGGGUGUUGAUUUCUCAAAGGAGCAGCUGCUGAUCGCUUCAUCUCGGCAACAGUUGUCUCCAAAAGAAUGCUACCAAAACAUCGAGUGGCUUGAGGGUGAUGCAACUGAUUUGCCAUUUUCUGAUUGUAACUUCGAUGCAAUUACUAUGGGUUAUGGGCUACGAAAUGUGAUAGACAAGCUUAAGGCCAUGCAGGAGAUGUGUCGAAUCCUGAAACCAGGUGCAAAAGCAUCUGUCCUUGACUUCAAUAAGAGUACUCAACCAUUUGUUGCUUCAUUUCAGGAAUGGAUGAUCGAUAAUGUUGUUGUUCCUGUGGCAUCUGCCUAUGGCCUUGCAAAGGAGUAUGAAUACUUGAAGAGCUCAAUCAGAGAAUUUUUGACAGGGAAGGAGUUGGAGGAACUUGCUUUGGAAGCAGGAUUUUCUACCGCCAAGCAUUAUGAGAUUAGCGGAGGCCUAAUGGGAAACCUAGUGGCCACACGAUAGACAAAGAAUGAUGCUUGGAAUUUGCCAGGAUAUGUUCCAAGUUUUCUUGCGAGGAAGUACAGGGGUUUUAACUUUGUAUUAGAAUAUUGUCUGUGAACUCAGAAGUUCCAUGCUGUAAGUUCUUUGUAUUUGUAAAACAAUUUUGGCAACAUGACCGAAUUCCUA